AUGAUGAGGAGGGACGAACUCCACAUCAACGUGCCCAACCCCUUCCGCUGCCCCAUCUCCAUGGACGUCAUGAGGUCUCCCGUCAGCCUCUCCACCGGCGUCACCUACGACCGUUCCAGCAUCCAGCACUGGCUCGACGCCGGCCACGACACCUGUCCCGCCACCAUGCAGAUCCUCCAGUCCAAAGACUUCGUCCCAAACCUCAAUCUCCGCCGUCUGAUCAAUCUCUGGGCCCAAUCCCACGGCCCCAUCUCCCCCGCCUCCUCUCCUACCCUCUCCGACCAACAGCUCCGCGGCCUCGUGCAAUAUCUCGCGAACGAGAACGAGAAAUUCAACCAGAAUCUCUUCAAUUCGUUGUCCAAGAUGGUCGAUUUCGCCAAGUCAAAGGACGAGAAUCGCAGAUUCCUGGCGAAUUUCAACGGCUUCGUUCCGGCCGUCGUCGGCGUUUUGAACAGGGAAGGGGUCGAAAUUGAGGUUCUGGAAAUGGUGAUGAGGCUUUUGGAUUUGAUUGCGUCUCAAAACGGCGUCGUCGAGCAAUUGCACCAAUUGAUCACCAAGAGCAACCGGAAUUGCCUCUCUUCGAUUCAAUUGGUGUUGCAGAGUGGUAGUCUGAGCUCGAAGAUCGAAUCCGCCAGGGUUCUGGGUUCAAUCGCACUCGACGCCGACUCGAAACGAUUAAUCGCCGAGAAAGAGGGACUGUUGACCGUACUGAACGACCUGUUGACCUCAGACACCGAUCGUAGCUUGCACGACGUCGUUGUCUCGUGCUUGGUCUCGUUGUCGGUGACCCGGUCAGUCAAAUCCGAACUCGUCCGGUUCGGACUCGUCCAAUUCAUAACGGAAACCCUCUCGAACCCUGACGUCAGCGUUUCCCUGGCGGAGAAGGCGAUGAAGCUGUUGUCCAAGAUUGCCACGUGCGCGGAGGGCAGGUCCGAGAUAAGCGGGGAGCCGAAAUGCGUGGCGGCGGUGGCGGAGAGGCUGAUGAAGGGGUCGAUGGCGGCGACGGAGGACGGCGUGGCGGUUUUGUGGAGCGUGUGUUGCAUGGUGGGGGAUAAGAGGGCUAGGGAGUGUGUAGGGAAGAGCAAUGGGGUGGCUAAGAUAUUGCUGGUGAUGCAGAGUGGGUAUGGUGAAGGGCAUUUCAUGAGGAGGAUGUGUGGGGAUUUGAUGAAGGUUUUGAGUGUUGGGUUGGGGAUGGGGUUGAGCUAUGACACCAUGACCAAACAUAUCAUGCCUUGUUAG